GGCUAGAGCAAGAAGUUCAGGAAGCGGAGGAACAAGAAGCACAAGGGAGACAAAGAGGCAGAUAAAGGGAAGAGAUGGGGGCAAAAGAUUUGGGUUUGGAGAUGGACAGGGCGGCGGCGGCGAUUGAUGGAGGCUUGAGAUUGGAAUAGGAGAGAAAUUUCCAGGAAGCCGAACAAAUGGCCACCGCGGUGGAGAGAGGGUUGUUGCUUGGGUCGUAUCAUCAAGUCUCCUCAGCUCAACAUCAUGUCUUAGUGGGCUUGGCUGAAUCUGCUAACUACCAGCACAUACAUGAAGGAUUGGAGGAGGACUUGGGCCACGGGAUGAAGAAAAGGAAAGGAAUAGGCCUAGCAACAGAUUUAAAUGAGGAAGCCAGUGCAUCUUUGAGCCUAGCAGAUGUCACUUUCAUGGGUGGUCCUGGGGGGAUGAACAAAAAGAAGAAGAAUCAGAAGUAUAAGCCUCACCAACUUGAUAGCUCAAAGGGGAAUCACUCGGAGAGAGAUCAAGAGGACACUAGACGGAGAGGAAAGGCAGCAGUGGUUCGCCAGAAGCCACCUCUUUAGGAAUGAGUAUUGUAAGUUGGAAUUGUAGAGGAUUUGGCCCGCCCCUUAAAAGAAGUUAUGCAAAGCUUCUUUGUAAACGCUUAGGCCCUUCUAUUUUUUUCCUCAUGGAAAUGAACAAGAAUGAGGCGUUCAUGGAGGAACAAAGAAGAAGUCUCAAAAUUUUCCCCAAUAGAGAGUAUGUUGAAUCGGUUAACUCUUCUAUGGGUUUUGCAUUAUGGUGGAAAGCGGGUAUUAGUAUUAAUGUUUUAAGUAGUGAUAGCUACUAUAUAGAUGUUAUUAUUGAUAUGGGUAGAAAUUUUUUUGUACUUUUGUUCAUGCACCCUCUACCAUUGUUAGUAGAAGGGUUUUUUGGGAGCACCUGAGCUCUCUUCGGAGUAGUAGGGAGGAUAAUUGGGUUGUUGUAGGGGAUUUCAAUGAUGUUAUCUAUGAAAACGAAAAAGAUGGUAGAUGUCCCCUUAGGUACGAGAAUGUUGAACCCUUUAAAAGGUUCAUUUUCCAUAAUGCUCUUUUUGAUCUAGGAUUUAAAGGAGAGCAUUUUACCUGGACAAAUAAGAGGACAUGGCAGAAUACAUCGAGAGUCUGUUUAGACCGAGUGUUAUGCUUGGCAUCUUGGAGAACCCUCUUCGGGGAGGCGAUUGUCUUGCAUGAGAAGAUGGUGGAAUAAGAUCAUUGCCCAAUUAGACUGGAGCUCCACUACAGAGGUAAUAGAAGGAGAAAGACGCCUUUUAGGGUAGAUGAGAGAUGGUUGGAUAAAGAAGAAUGUAAGGAAAUUGUGGCCCGAGCAUGGGACCCGGGGGGUCAAUCGUCCAACCAGCUUAGCAAAUGUGAGCGGGAACUCAAAGAGUGGUCAAAGGAUUUCCAUAGAAACAGUUUACAAAGGGAGAAUGUUAUUCUUGAUCGACUUGAGAUACUUCAGCGCUCGCCCAGAACACAGGAUGGUGCGGAAGAAGAGAAGACUUUCAUGGAAGAACUGUCGAAAAUAUGGAUGGAAGAGGAACCCUUCUGGAAUCAGUGUUCGAGAGUGAAUUGGCUUCAUAAAGGUGACCAGAAUAGUUCUUUUUACAUUCGAGUACUAUUCAUAGAAAACAAAAGAACAAAAUCCUUAGACUCAAGGACAUUGGGGGAGAUUGGGUGGAAGAUGCGAAUAGGCUUAAAGGAUUAUCCCAAUAUUUCUACAAAUAGCUUUUUAGAGCUAGAAACCCUAUUUUGUUUAACCAAAAUGGAUAUGAUUCCAUUGGAGUCAAUUUACAAGCUUGAAUUGCUUGACCGAGAAGCAUUCCAAAUCACUAACAAGGUCCUUGACUUUUGGCUAAAUUUGAGAAUGUUUCAGGUACGCUACAGUGUACGUAUGCAAUAUUGAAUUGGCUGGAUGAAAAUGGACAAUCAAGGCUUGUUUUGAAGCUCAAGGCAUCCUCUACACGAAGACAGGCUUUGGAGCUCAAUUUGAAGUGCAGAAGGUGGGGUUUCUUGCUGUGGAAAAGUGGAAGUCAAAACUGGAGAACUGCCUAAAAUUCACUAAGGCAUGGAACGUGUUCGAGAUGACCACUUUGGAUCUCUAUUCGAAGAGCAAGGAAGAGAGUCGAGCUUCGAGGCCUCAGCCAUAUGAAAGUGGGUAUCUUCUAAUACAAAUGCGAUGCAUAGGGUGAAGGAACUGAUACCUGGAAGGCAUUGAAUGAAGGACAACAACUUCUUCUGGACACUGCCUAUUGGCGUGGGAAGGCUAAGGAAAUCCAAAUCCUGUUCAGAUUAGGAUUUGUUCUCAGUUUUGGAUUUCUUUACCUUUUCGUGUUAGAUUUGAUUUCCUUUGAGUCCUAGUUUUUUUAGGGUGUUAUUUACUUGCGUUGUAAGAUUAGUUCGCUUAUUUUAACUCAUGUCUACGAUUUAAUAGUCAGUUUUGAGAAUUAAUCGAAUAAACCGAUAGUUUAUCG